CUGCCGCUUCGUCUCCCUCCCUCCCUCCCUCCCGAUCCCAAUUCCCAACCCCCCAAAUUUCGAAUCGCCCGCCUCACUCCUCCCCACCGCGCCCCGCCGAUGCCCUCCAAGCGGCCGUCCCCGCACGCCAUGGACGAACCCGCCGCCGCCACUCCCCGCUCCAAGAAGCGCUCCUCCCGCUCCAAGUCCCGGGCCCGCGACCUCCGCCGCCACUCCCCCAACCCUAACCCUAGCUCCCGCCGCGACCGCGACCUGGAGCACGGCUCCGUCGCGCCCUCCCGCAAGAGCGACCGCAAGCCCAAGCCGCGCGCCUUCCCGGACUCCGCCACGGCCAUGGCGGCGGCGGCGGCCGCCGCGGCCGCCGCCUCCCCCUCCUCCGGAGGCCGCAGCAGGGGCCACGGUGCCGCCCAGAAGCUCUGGUCCGACGCCGACGAGGUCGCGCUGCUCACGGGCGCGGCCGCCUUCAAGGCGCGCACCGGCAUCGCCCCACGGCUCCCGGACAUGGCUGACCUGUUCGAGUCCCUCAGGGACUCCCUCGCCCCGCACCUUGACCAGGCCAAGGUGUACUACAAGCUGAAGCGCCUCAAGAGCAAGUUCCAGCACACCGUACCGGGCGCCACCAGCAGCUCGCACGAGCGCCGGGUGCGCGACCUCUCCGCGGAUCUCUGGGGCGCUGAGCUCGCACGCUCGGUAGAGGAUGACGCGGACGCUGAGGAGGCCGAUGAAGGGGAUGCUGACGAGGGAUACUCUGGUGGGGACACGGAGGUGGCGGUGAGACUGCCUAUCGUGAGGGAGGUGCUUGGAGAGUACUGGAGGUUGAAUGGGCAGGCGUUGUCAGGGGUAUCGCUGGAGAAGGGAUUAGAGGUGCUUAGCUCAGAGCAGGCUAGUGUGGCUGAGGUCAAGUGGAGGCGACAGCUUGAGGCGGAUAUGCGCAUGCAGAUGCGCCGGCAUGAUCUGGGAAAAGAGGUCUAUGGCUUGCUCAUCGAUGCCAUCAGAGGCCUAGGGCCUUAGCUGGGUACAAAUUUAACCACUCUGAUCUGUGCGGUUUGGUGGAGUACAUAGCUGGAUACAUAGGUGCGGUGUUAUUUUGUAGGCUGAUCAACCGAACCUCAACCUGUACUUGGUUGCUGACUGACAGAUAACACGGUGUGACGUGCUGUAGCGUUUGCACGUAUCAGUUGUGUCUAUGAGUCUAGUUGUUGAACUAGUCAAUGAUUGUCUAAGACACUUAGGUCCGGAGAUAUUCAUUUUGUUAAUCUGGAUCUCAAAGAAAGCUUGGUCCAGGAUCAGACAGCUUUCAGAUUAAUGUUACGUUAUCUGUAAAUCAUUCGCUAAGUAUUAUUGCGAUGAUGCUGUGUUUCAAGUGUAGAAUCAAGUACCUCACUCUCUCUGCUU